GACAGCGCAGACCUCGGGGUGUGACAGGACACCGGGCAGUGACAGACCUGGGGGGUGACAGGACACCGGGGCUGCUGGAACCCCCUCCCCUAAGGGCCACUCGGCAUUAGGGCAACGAGGGCGGGGCUGCCACACCCACAUGAUGCAGGUCUUUCUUCAUAAUGUGCUGAGCAUAUAAGAGGACCAUGACACCGCGUGCUGCAGUAGGCGCCAUCCCAGAGCAGGCACCGCCUGGCCCCGACCAUGUCCUGUGUCCACUACAAGUUCUUCUCCAGGCUGAACUAUGAUACGGUCACCUUCAGCGGCCUCCACAUCACCCUGCGCGACCUCAAGCGCCAGAUCAUGGGCCGCGAGAAGCUGAAGGCGACCAGGAGCGACCUGCAGAUCUCCAACGCCCAGACCAAAGAAGAAUACACAGAUGAUGACGCCCUGAUUCCGAGGAACUCCUCGGUAAUUGUCAGAAGGAUCCCUGCUGGAGGAGUUAAAGCUACCAGCAGAACCUCUGUUACAAGUCGAACGGAGCCAGUGAGCGGAACACCAAAAGCAAUGGAUGACUCCUCUGCAUCUGCUUCUCUGUCCCAGCUUAUUCAGACUGCCAGUCUGGCUGAAGCCAGCGCUUCCGAAGAAGACAAAAUAAAAGCGAUGAUGAUACAGUCUUGCCGUGCAUAUGAUCCAAUCAAUUACAUGAAGAACAGCCUGGGUCUACCUCCGCCAUCAUAUACUUGCUUUCGUUGUGGAAAACCUGGCCACUAUAUAAAGAACUGCCCAACAAACGGGGACAAGAGUUUUGAGCCUGUUCCCAGAAUUAGGAGGAGCACGGGCAUUCCAAGGAGUUUCAUGGUGGAGGUGAAAGAUCCCAACACAAAGGGUGCUAUGCUGACCAGCACGGGAAAAUAUGCCAUACCAAUUAUUAAUGCGGAAGCUUAUGCCAGAGGAAAGAAGGAAAAGCCUCCCUUUCUACCGGAAGAGCCGGCCUCCUCCUCCCCCUCCGAUGAGCCUAUUCCAGAUGAGCUCCUGUGUCCCCUUUGUAAAGAUAUAAUGACCGACGCAGCUGUUAUUCCCUGCUGUGGAAACAGUUAUUGUGACGAAUGUAUUAGAACAGCGUUACUGGAUUCUGAGGAUCAUACCUGCCCAACGUGUCAUCAGAGCGAUGUUUCUCCUGAUGCUUUAGCUGCCAACAAGAUCCUACGCCAGGCUGUGAACAACUUCCAAAAUGGAACUGGCUACCCUCGGCAGCAGCAGCCGCAGCAGCCGCCACCGCCACCACCUCCACCACCACUCCUGACUGUCGGGCCUCCCGCCGCGCUGGUGACGGCCGCUAACCUUUCUAAACCUUCCUCUCAGCCAAUCGGCGGGUUGUUGGAGGAGAAGGUCAUCCAGUGA